AUGGAUCAAUUUCAAUGGCCAGGAAUCCCCAAUUCCACCACCGUGCCAAGCACAUUGCUAUUUGAUACCACAGAGUACGAGAUGCAAUACAAGAGGGCAUUAUCAAAAUUGAUUCUUCGACGACUUGAAGGGGAGUGUGACGUUCUUCACGUUGCCACAUGUUGUGGCUUUGGGAUAUAUGUCGUUACCUUCCGAACAUUCUCCGGCCUUUACGACAUCACCAACAACAUCAACUUUCAGAUAAAGGCCGUUUACACCCAUUACCAGCUCCUGAAGGUUCCCCAGCCUUUGCAACGUCACCAAUUGUCGUCGUCGUGCGUCAUGCGUCGUCAUUCACCGUCAUUGCUCGUCAUUGUAGGCAUCAGCUCGUUGUUGGCCCCGCCAGACAAGGAUGGCUUCCAUCCGAAUGGACCACUCAGCAUAAUUGGAGUUGUUGAGAUUCAGAAAACAAACAGUGGUGUCAGUCAUACAAAGGAAAUAGAUAUCUCGGGCAACGGCACAAGAAUUAUAAUUUGA